CCUUCGUCCCUCACCACUCUCAAUUUCUCCAUCUCCUCUACCACUCCCGGUGGGUCCCACCCACCACGCCCCACAAACUCUCAACCAUGCUUGACAACAUGUCCAGACGCAACCGCACCCUACUCUCACUGUCUCUCACCUCAUUGGCUCUGGCCUUGUCUGUUUUGGCCUUCUGCACCUCCUAUUGGUGCGAGGGCACCCACAAGGUGGUCAAGCCCCUCUGCCUUUCCCCAGUCAAGAUGAAGAACUGCGGACAGAACAACAGCCAACCAUACACUACAGAGAGCCCGACCGUGGACCCCACGAAGCCCAUUUCCAAUGUGACGCUGACACCGCUGCAAAAGGAGGAGCAAGCACGCCUGAGGAAGAAGCAGCUGGCCAACGCCGUCCACUACAUCUGGGAGACUGGCGAGGACAAGUACAUGCUGCGUUACUUCCACACGGGCUUCUGGCACUCCUGCGAGAAGCACAACGAAGAGGAGAAGUGCCGUAGCUUCAUAGAGCUGACUCCAGGAGAAACACAAGGCGUGCUGUGGCUCUCAGUGAUAUCAGAGUUCACGUACAUUGGCCUGCUGGCAAUGGGCUUCCUGCUCAUGUGGAUGGAGGUCCUGUGUCUCUGCGCCCGCAAGGAGAUGUACGCCCUCAAGAUCAACGCCUACGCCGCCAUGUGCACCGUCCUCUCAGGACUCAUGGGGAUGGUGGCCCAUAUGAUGUACACCACUGUCUUUCAGAUGACAGUCAGCAUCGGCCCUAAAGACUGGCGGCCUCAGACUUGGGACUACGGCUGGUCCUUCGCCAUGGCAUGGCUCUCCUUCAGCUGCUGCAUGGCUGCUGCCGUGGCAACCCUCAACUCCUACACCAAGACAUUGAUCGAGAUGAAGCACCGGGCUCGCGUGCGAUUGGAGGAGGCCCGCGCCGCCAGCCACGCACCCUCGUAUGACGAGGUGAUCCAGGCCGGUGGCGUGUACUCAGUCAGCCGCCUCCUCCAGCACUGCCACCAGGGGGCGCUCAUGGACCCCCUGUGGCCCCGAGGGGAGGGCCCGGCAGUGGGGCCAGCAGCAGGGGGGGUGGACCCCCACGGCAUGGUGCUGGUGGGGGGCUGCGGGACGGAGGGUUGUGAGGACUGUGAGAGAGAGAUGGACGAGAUGGAGGAUGCCCUGGAGAGGGAGGAGAGGGAUGAGAGGGAGGAGAUGGAGGAGCGGGAGGACUCACUGUGCUAA